AUGCUGAUUAGAUCAGUGUCUCAAUCUCAGUCCUUUUAAUCUCAAAAUUCAGUGCCCUCACCACCAAAAAUCGAAUCAGAAUUUAGAACAAACAUUGAAGUAGAUUCUCAUGCCUCUCAUCUCUUUCUUUCUCCUUUCAGAAAAAGACACAAACAAAAAAGCAACAAAAAACAUUAUUUCUUAGUACUUACUAGGUUGCUUCACUCUUCCACACACACACUACUUUUUAUUUUUCUAUAUAUAUCAUAAAGUAUAAACCAAAACAACAUUUUAUAUCCCUUUAAAUAGUAACUAAAAUAGCCUUUUAUAGUUCAAAAUCUCAAAGUCUCUUGAAACCAAAAAUACAUAAAAAACCAACUUUUAUUCUUCUCUUUCACAGCUUUUUUCUGUGCCAAUUGCUGGCUAGAGUCAUUAAAUAAGUAGCUUUUAUUGUGAUAAAGUUUUCAAUCUUCAAAAGGAUCCACAAGGAUUAAGACAGUGGCAUUUUAUUUUUGUGGAUAACAAAUACAAUGUUGUCUCAAAACCAAGCAGAGGAAGCAAUUGUUACAAACAUGAAUGAGACAGAACAAGAAGGUGGUUCAAGUUUAGAAGAAAUAGCAGAAGACCAAUCCAUGUUCAAUUUCAAAAGUUUCUUAUGGCAUGGUGGUUCUGUUUGGGAUGCAUGGUUUAGUUGUGCUUCAAAUCAAGUGGCUCAAGUGUUGUUAACACUUCCAUAUUCUUUCUCUCAACUUGGUAUGGUAUCAGGCAUAGUGUUUCAGAUAUUCUAUGGACUUAUUGGAAGCUGGACUGCUUAUCUAAUUAGUGUACUUUAUGUUGAGUACCGUGCUAGAAAGGAAAAGGAAAAUGUUAACUUCAAGAACCAUGUCAUCCAGUGGUUUGAAGUUCUUGAUGGAUUACUAGGUAGAUAUUGGAAAGCAUUGGGGUUAGCCUUCAAUUGCACUUUUCUUCUCUUUGGAUCUGUCAUUCAGCUUAUAGCAUGUGCAAGUAAUAUAUAUUACAUAAAUGAUAAAUUGGACAAAAGGACUUGGACUUAUAUUUUUGGAGCUUGUUGUGCUACAACUGUGUUCAUACCUUCAUUCCAUAAUUAUCGUAUUUGGUCAUUUCUUGGUCUUGGAAUGACCACUUAUACUGCUUGGUAUAUGGCUAUAGCUGCUAUAGUUAAUGGCCAGAUAGAAAAUGUGGUACACUCUGGUCCAACAAAGCUAGUGCUGUACUUCACUGGAGCCACUAACAUACUCUACACAUUCGGUGGACAUGCUGUGACAGUAGAGAUUAUGCAUGCAAUGUGGAAACCUCAAAAGUUCAAGUACAUAUAUUUUCUGGCAACUUUGUACGUUUUCACAUUAACGAUUCCUUCAGCUGUUGCCGUUUACUGGGCUUUUGGUGAUGAAUUGUUAAACCAUUCCAAUGCUUUCUCUCUUCUUCCCAAAAAUGGAUUCCGUGAUGCUGCCGUUAUCCUCAUGCUCAUUCAUCAGUUCAUCACAUUUGGGUUUGCAUGUACUCCAUUAUAUUUUGUGUGGGAGAAGGUUAUUGGGAUGCAUGAUACAAAGAGUAUUUGUUUGAGGGCACUUGUAAGAUUACCGGUGGUGAUACCUAUAUGGUUUUUGGCAAUAAUUUUCCCUUUCUUUGGACCCAUAAACUCAGCUGUUGGGGCCUUACUUGUUACCUUCACUGUCUACAUCAUUCCUGCCUUAGCUCAUAUGCUCACUUAUAGAACAGCUUCUGCUAGAAAGAAUGCUGUUGAGAAGCCUCCUUCAUUCCUACCAAGUUGGACAGCUGUAUAUGUCUUGAAUGCCUUCAUUGUGGUAUGGGUUUUGGUUGUUGGAUUUGGGUUUGGAGGAUGGGCUAGUAUGACCAACUUUAUAAGACAAAUUGAUACAUUUGGGCUUUUUGCUAAAUGCUACCAAUGCAAACCCCCAACACCACCUCAAGCACCAUCCCCUCAUGCACGUCAUUAGAGUCAGCUAAUUACAUAAUCACUUCAACAUAGUAAAGUUUAGCUACAAUCUUAUUUCUUCAAUACAUUGUAUUAUACAUGAGGGAGAAUGGUAAAUAAUUUCCCCCUUUAUUUCAUGUAUGAUGGUUGGGUUUUGCAUAGUUUGUCCCAUUUUUCUUAUAUAUUUAUUCACUCCUUUAAGAUUAGUUGAACAAAAAUAGUGUAUUAAGUGUUGCAAUAACUUUUCUAUGGAAUGAAUAGGUCAGUUAAGUUAGUGUA